GCCGGAGACGGCAGUCCAGUCGAGCCCGUUGUCGCACAAGCAUUCGUUCGUUUCCAUCCACGGUUUUCGGCUAAAUUUUCUCCAAGUUCCUCCGCUAUACUUGCGCGUCCAACUCUGCGCCCGUUUGCCUUGAAAACGCAAAAUAAAAUCUCGCCAAAAUGUCAAUCGACUCCGUAACUUUACCGAUUUUCGAACGCACGCCAAUCGCGUGAGAACGCCUUUUUGUUGGAUAAUAUUACAGUGAACGAGUGAUUGGAUAUAAAGAGGAGAUAAUCAUUUUCUGUACAAAUAUUUAGUCACUGUAUAUAAAUAAACAAAAUAAGUUACAUAAAAACAAAAGAUAAGCAAGAAGCGUUAAAGAAUCUCGAUUCUCGGCGGCGGUUCAGUGUCAUUUAAAUGCCAAUAUCAAGCUAACCACGAAGAUGUUGAGUGUUUUCUGCGCGGAGAUGUCAUACGAAACAUGAGGAACAGAGUGACUUCUGAAUACUGCAGCGAACCCCAGCAGUUACCAUCCGAUAGCACAAUCCAUAAAUGACUAACUUGGCGCACCCGAAUUGGGAUAUUUCUGUACAUCAUGCUUUGCGCUUUAGUUUUACUAUGCAUGGUCAGCCAAACUCUUGCUCAAGGCUACAACAUACACGAACACAUGACAACGGAGGAGAUGCUGUCAGUUUUCCACACUGAGCAACAAGAUUUGGUACCUGAAUACGAGGUGAUACCGAUUUCCCACACGUUGCCAAAGAGGAGCAUCAAUUCUGAGCCCGAAUUGCAGCUGCAAGCUUUCGGGAAGAAUUACAAUCUUUCCUUAAAGCCGACUCGUGGUCUUUUACCUCCGAAGGAUCUGCCGAUGUGGACUGUCGAGAAAAACAGUUCCCAACCAGACGGUCUCCAUUACGUUGACGUAUCAGAGGAAAGCACAGAUAUAGGCGAUAUUUACCAAGACAGGAGCAACAUGGCGUCUAUUCUCCUUCGGCGAGAUGAAAAUGGAAAAGUUCUCGUGGAAGGAAAUAUAGGGUCAGAAUUAGUGAUACGACCGUUACCCAAACGAAUUUUGAAAGAUGUUGUCAGAAGUUCGCAAGUUUCGCAAAACGGGAAAUCGAAGCCGGACGAAGUUACGCGUACGAAAAGAAACUUGAAGCACACACAUCAUCACGUCAUUUACAAGAGAUCGCAGCCACUGCAAGACGACGAUUAUAGUGAUUUUGCAUUUAUGGAGCCAGAUCAUCUGGGAAAGAGGUUUAGAUCGAAACGAUCGAUCGGUAGUAGAUCAAAGCGGGAAGCGCCAUACGUAAUCUUUCCAGAAAUCCUGUGUAUCGUAGAUUACGACGGGUACAGGUUACAUGGCGGAGAUAAUGUACAGAUUAAAAGGUACUUCGUCUCAUUCUGGAACGGAGUUGACCUGAGAUACAAAUUAUUGAAGGGUCCGAAAAUUCGUAUCAGCAUCGCGGGUAUCAUUAUUUCAAGAGGUAGAGACGCUACGCCGUAUUUGGAGCAGAAUCGCGUUGGUCGAGAUGCCAUAGAUUCAGCAGCUGCCUUGACCGAUAUGGGGAAAUACCUUUUCCGCGAGAGGCGGCUUCCUGUCUACGACAUUGCAGUAGCGGUUACAAAAUUAGAUAUGUGCAGGCGGCAAUACGCGAAUGACGUGUGCAAUAGAGGAACUGCAGGUUUCGCUUAUGUUGGUGGAGCCUGCGUCGUUAACAAACGUCUUGAAAAAGUCAACUCCGUCGCGAUUAUCGAGGAUACUGGAGGCUUCAGCGGGAUUAUCGUCGCAGCCCACGAAGUUGGACAUUUGCUUGGUGCGGUCCAUGACGGUUCUCCACCGCCAAGUUACCUUGGUGGUCCUGGCGCCGAAAAAUGUCGUUGGGAAGACGGCUACAUAAUGAGUGAUCUCAGACACACGGAAAAGGGUUUCAAAUGGUCCCACUGCAGCGUCUCGUCGUUUCACCAUUUUUUAAAUGGGGAUACAGCUACGUGUCUUUUCAACGCACCACACGAGGACGAAGCACUGCCAAGAGUUCUACCAGGAAAGCUGCUGUCACUUGAUGCGCAAUGUCGAAAGGAUCGCGGCACGAGUGCAUGCUUCAAAGAUGAUCGGGUAUGUGCACAAUUGUUCUGUUUCGAUGCUGGUUCCGGUUAUUGCGUUGCCUAUCGACCAGCGGCUGAAGGAUCGCCUUGUGGCGAUGGGCAGUAUUGUUUGAAUGGAAGAUGUGUAGCAGAAAAUGAAAAUAUAAUUCCUGAUUACACGCAAAAUAUACCGACGUAUGUUCGCCGAGAAAAUAUCUACAAUACGGAGCCCCAGAGCCGUACAAUAUACUCCAACUAUAACACUACAGAAAACAGGUACCCGUGGGAUUCAACGACACGCAGCAGUUUGCCACAAAAAUAUAAUUUCUCACCAGAAUUACAGAAUAUCUAUACAUUCACGAGUACUAACGAUCCGUUUAAAUAUUCUUAUUUAUUCACAUCACCAACAACAACGACAACGACGAGACUCAGAGCACCAGAAACGCAAGCAACGCCUGGAGUAUUCUCUAAGUUCACACACAAAAUCGCAGAGAAUUUAUUGACAGAUGUUGAGUUACCGAGAAAAACGUACGGUUACUCAACUUAUUCACCUAUCAGUUUAUUCACAGCAACAAAAACAACAGUAAUACCGGCAGUAGCAAAGAAUUACAAUAGCCAAAAUGAUCUGAAUUAUCCUAAUUUUACACCCUUUGAGUAUAAGAAUUCAUUUCCGUCGACAACAUUCGGCAACAUUGGAGCAUUUAAUGGCCAGCUAAUUAAUAGUCGUGAAACAAGCGGCGAUGAAUGCAUAGACUCGGGAGGUGACUGCGCAGAGUUGAUCAGCAGGCUGCGAACUUGGCUGUGUCAUUUGCAAUCUGUGAAAAAACGUUGCUGUGCAUCACUAAAGGUUCUUUGUGCUACUUAACAGCGGAGCUUCGACACUCAUCGACGAUGGAUUCAUGUUUUUUCUUUUUUAGUUUUAAAUUAUGUUGACAAAACCUAUUGAAUAAUAUGUCUACUUUUAAUUCGUAUGUUUCAAAAGAAUAAAACUAAAUUAUAGCACGCAACCUCAAGGGUGAAUCAGAUUUUCCACCACUCCUACGAGUGUGAUAGUAUUUAUUUCUGUGUAUAAUAUGUAAUUUUUAUA